UACAAUGGAAUUUAUGAAAAACUGCACAUAAAGACUGAUAAACAGCCAAUGUGUAGAAUAAAAUAAAUUGUGCAGGAAACUGUUUCUGAACCUGGUGGUGUGGGACCUAAUGGAUCUGUAACUUCUAAUCUGUUGGCAGCAGUGAGAAGAGAGCCUGGCCUGGAUGGUGGGGGUAUUUAAUGAUGGAUGCUGCUUUCUUGUGGCAGUGCUCCUUAUAAGUGUGUUCAGUAGUUGGCAGGCUUUGCCUGUGAUGGACUGGGCUGUAUCCACCACUUUCUAUAGGCAAGUCAUCACGGUCAAAGUUGACUGAGCUACCUGGUCAUUGACUAGAUGGGAAAGGGAAGUACUGAGGGUGAACAAGGUUAAAGGGAGAGGUGAUAUCCUGUCAGAGAGGAUUUAAUCUUCAGUAUUAGCAUUCUGGAAAUAAAGUGGCUAUGAAUUCAGUAGUAAAUCCAUACCAUAUAAUUUCAUUCAAAUAUUCAAAGUACAUUUAUUAUUAAGUAUGUAUGUAGUACACAACCUUGAGAUUUGUCUUCCCACAGAUAACCAAGAAACAAAGAAACACCAUGGAAUCCGUUUAAAGAAAAAAUAUCCCCCACGCAGAAAAAAUGUGCAGAGGGAGAAACACAAAAUUGAAAUAGUCCAGGCAUAUUCAUUUCAGCUCAGUUCAUUACCUGCAGGCUGCCUCAGUCAAAAUCACCCAAAAUAUCAAUAUCACCCCACUUGAUUUUAUUCCCAGAGUUAAAGAGCUGAAAAAUUCAGAAAUUCUCUUUGAGAGUUCAGCAAUUCCUGCUACACGGGGUUACAACAUGGUGAAUAAUGCUUUUCUGGUGUUGGCUGAGGCAUGGAUAUUGGUCCAGGGACAACAGACAGCUUCCCUGCUCAUCUUCAAAUAGAUUUUAAUCUCACUGGAAUUUUAAGUUGCUGUCAGAGGGCAGACAGGAGCUUAAUUUAACCAGUGAUGCAAAUGACUAGAUAUGGGGGUGUCCAUUGAAAACCAAACCAAAGGCUUUAUGAGUCAGAAUUAGGUUUAAUAUCACUGACAUAAUUCGUGAAAUUCGUUAUUUUGCGGCAGCAGUGCAGUGCAAUACAUUUAAAAAACUAUAAAUUACAAUAAGAAGUACAGUUCGAAUAUAAAUAAGCAGUGCAAAAAGAGCGAGGUAGCGUUCAUUGUCCGUUCAGAAAUCUGAUGGCGGAGGGGAAGAAGCUGUUUCCAAAACGUUGAAUGUCUGUUCCUUAUGAGUUCUUUGGUUUUGACCCUCAUGAAAGACCGUUAUGUUUCUUUGGGGCAGAGUGACUGGCAUCUCGAAACAGUCCCUUAUAAGCAUUAGCUUAUGUUUUAUACUUCACACCAUUUAAUUCAGUGUGAAACGUUUUCUUGGAAUCAAACACACAGACCUCGAGCCAACUUUCAAGUGGCAAAGCGACAAUAGAACAGUCACAGAAAUUAGGGGGUGACGUAAAUCAAGGUCAGUGGUUGCAGAUAGUUAUAUCGAGAAAUGGCGGUCUAACACUUUAUACUAGCAUGCAGUUUAUACUAACAAACAGCGUCGAACUAGGUUGGGCAAUAUAGUGUUAUCAAAUAGCUGUCCUCUUUAGAAAUCAGGAGCUGCGAUCAACGCAGCCUUCUCUGAAUGUUUUUCCUAUCCCUUGCCUUUGAAUGUACAAAUCGACUCGAGCCAUUCUAAAUCGAGAUAUGAUUCCCAACAUCUACGAUACUUGUAAUCUGGUUCUUGGUGGACGCCGACCUGUAGCUCGAACCCGCCCUAUAAAUCGGGACGGGCUGAGUUUGAUCCGACCCAAACUGACGGGACGAGAAGUCUCCUCGGUACUGGUAAUAAGGAUCGUAUGUCUGUCACCCGUUCUUCGCGGAGGCUGAGACAACAGCAUUUAACUGGUCCUACAUCACAAUAUCUCAGUGUGGAGACUGGAUCACGCCAUUAUACUGAUGAAGAAGAUAAGGCGUGUUACUGGUGCAGUGGGCCUUGAACUCCUGCUGACCAGAACCCUGGUGUAUUUUGCCAACGCUUGCCAUCAUGGCUGAGGAUGCCUCCCAGGGCUGAAGGCUGCGCGAUGUUCGAGCGGAGUGAAGAGAAGGGAAACUCCGGGCGUUUUUUUGUCCUGAUUGCAAUUUUAAACAAAAUCAAUAAACAACGGCGAAAUUGUUGAUACGUAAUUGCUAUCCCGGCAGUUUCUGGACGCUGGUGCUGAACGAAGGAUAGGCCGGACUGAAAUUGAACGCACCGUGUCAGUUUCACUGCUGGGCGGGGGAAAUUGUUCUCCAUACAUUCAUCCAGUCGUUUCCAGUGCACAGCACCGCUGCCGGGCUGUCCUCUCCGUGGAGGGGGAAAUCGACAUUUCCGUGCCCGUAUUUCCUCUUUCUAAGUUCUGCAGCUUUGGAAAGGAGCGAUCGGCUGAGUUAAUAAUAGCCAGAAGCUGGGGCUGUCAGUCAGUGCAGCCCGCCGCUCCCCCCUUUAUAUCUCUCAAACCUUUCCCGGUUCUGUCUUAGAUCAGCGUCUUCGCCGUUUCCACCAGCCGGAAUCCAGUUUCCCAGAAAGCCGCCGGAAUCUGGGGUCCUCUCCAACCCUUGGCAGAAAUUAAAGAUCGCGACGGAGGACGUUUCAACCAAACCCAUUCCUAUUGUCUCCGUGCUUAGUCUUUUGAGAGCAUACUUUUGUAGCGACUGUCAUUUUCACAGUACUCCCCAGCAGCACUGGCACCACGUUGUGAACUGCUGAAUUCAGUGAGGACGAGGAAGAAGGCUCACCUUCCAGAAGCUAAUGCAUAGAGGGUAGCCGAGUGGUGUGACUUGCAUGUGUGGAGGACUUCGUCCUUCCAACUCCUUGAUUCUUUGCUGGGUCUUCUUGGUUUUAGGCCUUCUUGAUUUUGGCUCUUUCUAAGUCAUGAAAGAAUUAUCUUUUGGAAAUCUAUAACGUGAGGAUAAAGUUCAACUUCCCACGGCGUUACUUCCUGGAUUUGGCGAUGGUCCUGGAAGCGGCAGCUCCACCUUUGGCCAGACCUCAAAGCAGCAAGAGCGCCAGCACUGGAAAGCCACUGAAGAAAGAGGCUGAGAGGAAGACCAGCGAGAGGAACGGGAUUCGGCCACAGGGCAACAUCUUGGCCGUGCAGCGGGAAGCGCCUUUGAGGGCUAUAUCACAGACCUCAGCCAAACUGGGUUGUGAGCUGAAGGUCAACAGGUCGUCAGCACUGGGGACUAGCCUCGUUAGUAACGGACAGUGCAGCUGGAUGAGACGGAGCGAAAGUUCAUUCAGCGUGAACAGUGCUGGCUCCAGUUGCUCCCGAGCCAGGAUAAGGAAUGCCACAUCCCUCCCUCAUAUAGCCCGACAUAUCCCACAGGAACCACCUCCAGCUAAAAGCCCGUGCCUCUUGGUGGCGCUGAGACCGAUGAAUGUUGACAAGGAGAAGGAGACAUUUUUCAAAUCCAACUACACCUAUAACCCUCAGUUUGAGUACUCAGAACCUCUCAGCAGUAGCAUCAUGAGCAAGUACAGUGUGGCCUCUGAUCGCUUCAUCGAACAGGCUGUACGAAUCAUGCAGAGUGUGGUCAAGAUGUAUGGCAGCUAUGAGAAUUUUGAAGAGGCUACAGGGGGUGCUAUGCUAUCAAAGAGCAAAAUAUGGACCUGCAUCAGGAGCUACAUGCGUAAGGAAGGUUGCUCUGGAGAGGUGGUGGUGCGGCUCAGCGAUGACCUGCUGUCUCAGGCGGUGAUGAUGGUGGAGAACUGUCGGCCCACGCUCACCAUCAACUUGGCGGGAGCUCGCCAGCACUGGCUGGAGGGAAUGCUACGGCAUGAAAUAGGCACGCACUACAUUCGAGGAGUCAACAACAGCCAUCAGCCCUGGCACAGUGCAGCAGGUAGGAAGCAGUAUGGUCUGAAGCCAGCUAACCCAACAGAAGAAGGCCUGGCCAGCUUGAACAGCGUCCUGUACCGCAAGUACCCGUUCCUGUGGCGGGCCGCUCUACUCUACUAUACUGUCUUCCAGGCCAGUCAGAUGUCUUUCAGCCAGCUUUUUGAAGACAUUGCUAAGUUUGUCAUGGACCCAAACACUCGAUGGGAGUACUGCGUUCGAGCCAAGAGAGGGCAGACAGAUACUUCUAAAACAGGCUGUUUUAGUAAGGACCAGGUGUAUUUAGAUGGAGUAUUGAUGUUGCUUCGAUACCGGAAGACUAUUGACUUCAAGAUGCUGGCAGCACUGGGAAAGGUUUCAUUUGAGGAUGUGGAACACCUGAAGAAAUGCGCCAUCCUGCAGAACACACGGAUCCCCCACUUCAUGCGCGACCAGGCACGCUACUUGGAGCAGUUACACCACAUUACUGCGGUCAACGGCCUGACGGACGAGGAGCUGCUAAGGCUAAUCCCCAAGUAGACCGUGCUGACAGUGGAGGUGUCAGGGGUGGAAGGGGGGUCCUCACAAGUCCCAGCCAGCUUCAUUUUUAAAUGCACUGUCACAGCAGCAUGCAUGUGUAUCUGCGCAUGCACAAACACACAUAUACACACAGAGCUGCACACAUGCAUAUAAACAGACACAUGCACAUAUACAUCCACUGCACACAAAUACACACACACUUACAUAUAGACGUGUGUACACCCACGCACAAACACAAAUGCAGAUACACACACACAUACAUAACAUGUACACAUAUAGACACAUAUACUCGCUUUCAUAAAUAGACACACACACCUCACACAUGUGCACAAAUAGUUACAUGCACACGUAUAUAAACACACACAUAGACCACCAACACAAAGGCACAGAGGCCUUAGUUUUUUUUUGUUGUGGUGCAUUUGGGCAUCCAUGAAGAUUUGUAUGGGAAAAAAUUGUGGAUUUGUAACCACUGAAGCCAAAGCCUGGAGCUAUAGCUUCACCCCUAUGACUUAUGUCCUUCGUGCCAUGUUUUUCCUAUUUAAAAGUAUUUAUUGUUUGCAAAGGUGAUGCUUUUUAAAGAAAAUUAUUUUAACUACUUGCUGGAGAGUGGAAACAAAAGAAAAAAUGUGGGAAAAGAUCAUCCAGUCACACCUGUAUCAAUGUCAAAUAUUCAGUUUAUCUGUGAUUAGGUCUGUUUAACACACACAAGACUUUCCUCAGUCCAUACCCAAGGAUGUCAAUGGUUGAGUUUUCCCUUUCUGCCAGAGGCAUCGCCCCUUUCAACCAAUUCCCUGUUUGUGCUUUGAAAGCAUGAAAUAAGAACUUCAAUAAGAACAAAAAAAAACAGAAAACAGGUUGAGAGCUAAAGAGGAGGACGAGUCUGUGGCAUUUGGGUGGCAGGGAGAUUGAAUGGCAAGUGGAUAAAUGAAGCCAAGCAAUAUGUAGGAAAGGUAGAAAAAUGAAGGCGCAGAGGAAUGGGAAUGGGAAUAGAAUUUUGACAGGAUGGAAAGUGUAAGAAAUCUGGGAAAGAGGAGAAAGAAGUACGUAUUGAUUAAUAGGUGUGGACUAUUGCAGCAGUGAAGUACCACACACAAAUCCCAUCAAAUUAACUAGUUUGCUGGUAUUUGAUUCACAGUAUUGACCUGUAGUAAGGGUGAUGGGCAUACUUUUGAAGCUUGACAAUAACAUGGAACUCCUAAGUGUAGUUAGGAACAUGAGGUGUGCGUAGACUGUAAAAUCAUCAAACAAGAUUUAAUGCAGGGAAGUGUGAAGCAAUAUGUUGUACUACAAAGAUGCUGGAAGGACAAUAUAGCUCAAACCUUUCCUGUCCUGUCAGGUUUCUUCUUCUUCUUCAGCCCUUUACUUCUUCCACCUUUUACCUCCCACCUCCUCACUUCAUUUCCUCUUUCCCCCACCCCCACCCACCUUCCCCCUCACCUGGUCCCACCUAUCGCCUAUCAGCUUGUACUCCUUCCCCUGCACCUUCUUAUUCUGGGUACUUCCCUUUUUCUUUCUGGUCCCAAUGAAUGACCUCAGCCCAAAACAUUGUCUGUUUAUUCUUUUCCAUAGGUGCUGCCUGACCUGCUGAAUUCUUCCAGCAUUUUGUGUGUAUGGCUUUGGACUUCCAACAACUGCAGAAUCUCUUGUAUUUUUGAAUUAAAUGGGAAAAUACUAAAGGUGCUUUAGGAGCAGACUGAGUGAUCUAGAGAGGUGGCAGAUCAGUUUGUGAAGGUCACAUAGAAUUUAAGGUGCUAAUUAUGGGAAGUUAUGUUAAAACUGUGCUCAGCUUCUGGGCAUUACAAUAGGAUGGAUAUAAUUGAAUGGGUAGAAGUUUAUUCAGAGAAAUAAAAGAGGAACUUUUGUUGCCUUGUGAGAUUUUGUUUCUUAAGGCAAAAGAUGUUUGGUAAUCUGAUGGAGGUGUUUGAUAAUAAUGUACAAUCAUGAUGUUAAUUAGGGAGGUAGUUGUGCUGGAUAAUGGAAGACGCACAAUGUCAUCAGAAGACAUAGAUUGAAGUAUGUUGGAUAAAACACCAGUGUGUGAUUAUGAAAAACUUCGUAGAUUGUUGUGCUCUAGAGUCAGGUAGCAGAUGGAAGCUGAACGAAUAAUGUUCAAAAGAAAGUUAGAUAAAGCUUGAAGGGGAACCCCACAAGGCUAUGGGGAAAGGCCUACAUAAUGGGCUGAUAGUCCUUCCUCUGUGAGCAUCCUUCUGCGAUGUUUGACAGACCCUGACUCAUGCCAUAUUUAGGACCGUAGUAAGGUUUCUAAUAUCUGCUGAUGAAAGUGAACUGAAAACACAGAGAACUGUGUAAUAAAUACCAUCUAUCAUGAUGUGUAGAAAACUCUGUGGAUUAAAAAAGACAAUCAGCUGUUCAUAGCUGGGGAAUCUGGUGUCUGGUUUCAGUUAGACACUUUCAGAUAUAUCAAUGAGUUUGGAGCUCAAUGGGCAACAGCUCCAAUAGCAGCUGUGCUGGUAAUAUUAGUUCCUUUUGCCGGUGCUGAUAAUGUAGACAUCUGGGAUGGGGUCACUAUGAGUAUUCAGGCAUAGAUCCCCACCAACUGUUCCACAAACCCAAGGCUUUUCUCCCUCAUGGAUGGAUUUUGCCUUUCCUGUCCUUCCCUCUUCCCAAAAAUUUGCUGGGUUUUGUUCAGUUUUGGGUAGCCCCAACAUGUCUGGGAACCCUCACAGUUCAUGUAGUCAUUAACUAACGGUGGACUAACCAACGACACCAAUCAUUCUAUAUCCUCAAGACAGCCACCUCUUUGCAGAGCAGUAACAGUGUCCCGGCUCAGAAUGAACAUUGGGUAUUGCUAAUAAUCCUUAGGGUUAAAUGAAACCUUUAAAGACUGGCAUCAGCAGCCAAUAAGAAUCAAAGAUUAAUCUUCAGGAAAUGAAUGUGAGGAUUCUUGUGUGUAAAAUAAAAGUCUUUUUAGGGAGAGGGGGUUUUCAUUUUUUUAAGAACUUAUUUAUUGGGUUGUUGAGGUUUUGCAGAUUUGGGGAACUAAAAGCUGUUUACAUAGGGUGGGGGAUAAUUGGAGAUGAAAGAACCUGCAAUGAAACUUUCAAAAGUUGACAACUGAGAGUUCACACCAAGUGUGAAACCUUGCUGUUUCUGGGGGGUAUUUCCGGACAAUUGGUCCGGAACUAAGUGCUGAAUGCGUUUUUUAAAAAAGAUUUUUAAAAAUUGUCAUUAUUAAAGGGGUUUUCUGGAAGUUUACAUUCCAAAUUUGAUUAUUACACUGAAAAAAAUAUGAAAGAAGCUGAUUUCCCAAUCAGGGUAAUGUACAAUUAUUUGAAUUGAUCAAAUGUCCAUCUCGCUUUAUUUUAGUUCCUCAAGAUAUCAGACUUUGUCCUAACAUUUAAAUGUUGAUUGUACUCAAUAAAGUUGCAUCCAUUUGCA